AUGGACGGGAGUCUGUUUGUGCUGCUUCUGCUGUCAGGAAAUUCUGGAUACAUCUUAGUAAAAAUCCCAAAAGCAUGGAGUGAUGCUCAGAGCUACUGCAGACAACAUUACACAGACCUGCCCACCAUCCGCAACUUUUCAGAAAAUAACCAGACAAAUCGAAUUCUUUUAUCUGGAUCUUACAUCUGGAUUGGUCUGUUCCUGGACUCUUGGGAAUGGUCUGAUAAAUGGAGUCGCUCCUUCAGACACUGGGCAGCAGAUCAACCAUUCCUGAAUCCAGGACCUGGUGACUGUGUUGGCAUGUCAAGAGCCAAUUCUGGGAAAUGGGCUCAAUACAGCUGUGAUCUCAAGCAGCCUUUUAUCUGCCAUGGGGACAAUAAGUUUCCACAAAUUUCUGGUCUUUCUCGUCCGUACUUCUAUAUAAAUAAAGCAAUGUCAUGGCCAGAGGCUCAGAGUUACUGCAGAGAGAGAUUCACUGAUCUGGCUACUGCAGACAGCAUGGAUGAUGUGAACAGGCUGGUAAAUAUAGUGGAUGCUGGAUACAGUGGAUCAGUGUGGAUUGGACUGAAGAGGGGGACACAGAGACGCUGGGUUUGGUCUGAUGGAGAAAACAACACUUCUCAGUACUAUAACUGGGAUUCAAGACAGCCAGAUGGGGAUGGAAAUUUAAAAAUCCCAAAAGCAUGGAGUGAUGCUCAGAGCUACUGUAGACAGUAUUACACAGACCUGAUCACCAUCCGCAACUUUUCAGAAAAUAACCAGACAAAUCAAAUUCUUUUAUCUGGAUCUUACAUCUGGAUUGGUCUGUUCCUGGACUCUUGGGAAUGGUCUGAUAAAUGGAGUCGCUCCUUCAGACACUGGGCAGCAGAUCAACCAUUCCUGAAUCCAGGACCUGGUGACUGUGUUGGCAUGUCAAGAGCCAAUUCUGGGAAAUGGGCUCAAUACAGCUGUGAUCUCAAGCAGCCUUUUAUCUGCCAUGGGGAUGACAAGAGAAAACAAAUUGUGAGACUGAAAGUCACAUGUAAGGGAAUAUGUGCAUUGAAUGAUCCUUCACUACAGACGGCCAUUAUGAAUGAGAUAAGUGAAAAACUGAAGAACAUGAUGUUGGAGAGUGACAGCAAAAUAAGCUUGAGAAAGUGGGAAGAUGGAGAGAUGUUUCAUCUGGAGAAAAAUCAUACAGUUAAUUUAGAUAAUAAAUAGGCAUCUGUAAUGUACUUUUAAAAACUUAAACAGUUUAAAAAUUUUGAGUAAUGUUAUUGUUUUAAAGAACUGGAAAAUUGAAGUACAGUAGUAGGCUACACUAACAACAUUAAUGAAUCUAGCUUAACUUUAGCUAGAAAUAUUUCCAUUGUUAAAAGAUUAGAUGCUACUUUUUUUCAACAACCUUCACUUAA